AAAGAUCCGCCUCUAGUUUUACUCAUUUCAACAAAUCACAAUCACUUACCACUCUUUUCUUUGAAUUUGAUUUCUUCAAAAAGAAAAACAACCAACCAACAAGUUGUCUAUGGCGUUUCCGUCGUGUGUUCAGUGCGGGACGAGACAAAACCCGUGUAGGUGCAAAGUGGUGGGACCGACGUUAGGAUUCGUAGCUUUUCUGGUGACUGGAAUCAUCGAAUGGCCAGUUGGUGCGGUGGUCUAUAUAUUUAAACACGGAAAGGGUCGCCGUAUAAUGGGUCAUCCAGCCACCGUUGUUUAUCCUAAAGUCUCAAGAUCUAUUCCCAUUUGACUUCGUCUUCCUUUCGUUAUUGUGCUAUUGUCUUUGGUUAACAAAUGUUUUUCCUCCUUUUCUUCGUAAUAUAUAAAAGUUUCGAAUCCAA